AUGGGAAUUCCAUCUCAUAUAUUGUUCCGUUCGGUUGAUGUUCAGUGGGCAGCUGCCAUUCGUCGUGUUCGGGAAAAGAAUCGAUCCAUAGAGGAAAUCAGUGUUGAUAUGGAUACGUCAAGAUUGAGGGCCAACAAGUCUUUGACAAGCUCUGCCAGGCCGUCCAAGCGAGUGAGGUUGGAGAUCCCUGCAGUGAGCACGAGUGUAGACGUGGAGGCAAGGCCAGAGGCAGAAGCCCUGAUCCUGCACUUCCACAGGACACCCAUCCCAUUUUCUCACAUCAAAGACUUCACGGAAAUGGUGGAGAACCUGGAAAGAAUCGAGAUGCCUGGUCAGAUCGCUGCAGUACUUCAGAACCCCUUAUUACAGCACGUGGUGUCUUGUCAACACAGCAGAACGACAGCAGCCCGUUUCAGUAUGUGGUUACAACAUGCCCUACUGGAAGAGUUUAUUAACAGUCCAGAUGUGACAGCUGUGAAGCAGAAAGAGCAACUGCUCCACUUAGUCAUCAAAUACUCAAACUUUCUUCAGGAAGGCAUCCCAGCAUGUGAAAGGUUUCUGGAGAAAUAUUUAAUUUCGUGGAAUGGUCAGGAUUACAAACGUCAUAUAUUUGAGCUGAUAGCGAGGUACAGGAUGUGUCCCUUUUCAAGAUUAGAAGAAACCGUGCUAGAGCCACUGCGAUGUUUGUUUUUCAGUUCAUCUGUUUAUUUUAAGUGUCAGGUGCUUGUAUCGUUGACCAGUCUGCUGAGGAACUACUGCUUGGUGGAGUGGAGGAGGUACCUGCCCCAGUCUGAGGAUGAGAACAGCUUACAGGAGGAUGGGACCAGCAAGAGGAAAUAUAUGAGCCUAUUUGAUGAAGGUGUUGAAGAGUUCCUGCCAAGGGACACAAUCCAGCGAUUGAUAGAAUACGUAGACAGAAUAUGCUGCAUUGCUUUACUGGUGGAAGCAGAUAACAUUCUCCUCAUGAACUACAUCCUGUGUUUUUAUGAGCAGGUGUGUCAGCUUCCCAAGUAUAGCAUACCUGUGAUCUGCCUGCCAUCUCGCUCUGUUGUAUAUAGAAUGUUGUUAGGAGUGAGUGCAAUGCCCACGUCCAGGAUUUGUGGUCUUCUAUGCUCGUACAAAACGGCUUUCGACCAGCUCAAAUCAUCACUACAGCAUCUCAAUGUGACAGCUGAGGAGACCGGCUUGAGCCAGAUAGAUGACCUGAAUCUAUACAUCACGGACUUUGCUACGUCUCUGUGGCAGUACAAAGCCUUCCAGUCAUCCCGUCCGUCAGCGGCAUUCACCUUUGACCCUGAGGUCAUCCAGGCCCUGGAUGUUCCUCAUCCCAGUGCGUGCCUCUCCAUUCAUAGUCACCAGAGCCUGCUGGGGUUUGUGGCGCAGUUCUUACAGGAGACUCAGCCAGAAGGAAGUGUGGUCCACCCUAAUUCCAUCAAGGCGAGUCAAAACACCAAGCAGAUGUACCUCAAGUUCCUACAGAGGGUGCACCUUCAUGGCAUUGUGCAGUUUGUAGCAACAUUUAUCAGGCGGAAAACACGCAAAGACGCAUCAAGGGAAGUGUCAACAAUGAUCAUGGAAGAAGUCUGAAUCCUGUGUCAUUUAGGGGAAAACUCUCAAUACAUUUUGCUCACUACACUGACAUGUUGUGAACCUUACCAUCACUUAUCAUUAACCGGGGCCUCCAUGUCCGAAUGGCUCGCCGGGAGUUCAACUCCACCUCGUGCUGGUUUCCUCUUUAGACAUAUAUGGGAAGAUCUGCGAGGAAACCGCAGAUGGUUGUGGGGUUCCCUGCUCUUCCCGGUUUCCUCUCACAAGAAUGUUGGAUGCCGCCAUAUGAGUGAAAUAUUCUUGAGUACAGCAUAAAACACCCUACCUCAUG